GCCGCCCUGUAAUUAUCCAGUUGAGAGUUUCGAUCGCGUAACGUUGUCACCACCGUCGCCGGCAUGCAGUACGUGGACCCGCCCGCGCCCGCGCCCUCGCAACAGAUGAUGAAUAUGAUGGGUGGCUAUGGGUGUGGAUACGGUCGGGGAGAUACGCUGUCACCCGCUUCGGAUCUGUCAACGUGCAGCAGCGCGUCCUCAGGCGCAUGGUGCGGGGCGGCGCCACCAGGCUGGCGCGACCUGCCGCACUACGCCACGCAGUACCCCGCCUAUUGGCCGCCUGCGGCCGCCGCCGCUGUCGCCGAAGAUGCUCGUGACCUACAGAGACGCUGCGCUAAGUGCCGGUGUCCCAAUUGCCUUACGGAGGCUGCUGGCUUCGGCCCCAACUACGGGAAAGACGGCUCCAAAAGAGAACACGUCUGUCACGUGCCCGGCUGCGGCAAAGUGUAUGGCAAGACUUCGCAUCUAAAGGCACAUCUCCGGUGGCACACCGGUGAGCGACCUUUCGUCUGCAAUUGGCUCUUUUGCGGCAAACGAUUCACCCGCUCCGACGAGCUGCAGAGACACCUCCGUACGCACACCGGUGAAAAGAGAUUCGCAUGUCAAUUGUGCUCGAAGAGAUUCAUGCGAUCUGAUCAUCUGGCGAAACAUGUGAAGACUCACGCGAACACAUCACGAAAAACUAAGAAAACGAAAGAAGACGAUAAAGAAGAGACAACCAAGAAUGAAAAAGAACAAAACGGAAUAAUGCAGAAUGAAACAGUACCUUCUGUAUCUAUUGGCAGUACUAAUUACGGUAGUGUUCCCGCAACUGUUCCCGGAGAUCAAAAGCAGCAAGCUACAUUGAGUUACGGUGCACUCGGCGCGCCCACGAAUCCUGUGAAUGUUUAUAACACCAGUGCGGUAUUCGGUAGUAGCGGUGUACCUACUAAUGGCUGGUACCCGGAAGUUCACCAGGACGCUUUUUAUGGGAGAACUUCUAUGCGGGAUCAUCGAUUCUACCAACAGUACCCUGCUCCCCUGGGAAGCUAUCAGUGCGCCGCGAAGAAUAACUACACGAUGUUUCACGGGCAUUACAAUUUGCAACCACCAGUUGCUAUUGGACAAUAGAAGUGCCUUUCAAUGU